AUUUACGUCACAGAGUGUCCAAAGUGUCAUGCGCAUUCGUAGGUGUUUUGAUCGAUAGUGUAAAUCUCGGUAUAGCUGAUUCCUUUGAGAAGCGACAGAUGAAACCUACAAGACUGUGACACACAGAGAGAGCAUAACAUCUGUAUUAAAAGGGCACUAACAUGCAAUUGCUCCUUAUUGUCCCCCUUAUAGGGGUUAUAAUGGCCGCUCCUAUGGCUGAAGAAAGAAACAUCAAAGUGAAAAGAGCCAUGGAGACAAUUAUGUAUGGAAACCAACAGAAUUCAAAUAAACAAGUGAAAAAGAGUGACCCUAGUAUGCCACUCCACGAAGACAUUCCAGAUGUUAAUGCCGCAGUAUUACCUGAUGAUGGUGGCUCAGUUGAAGCAUCGAAGGCUGAAGAUAUAUCCGAGCCAAAAUCAGAUGAAACUCCAGUAGAUGAGUUAGACACAGUUUUAAAAGACGUGGAACUUAGUGACAAGGAAGAACAUGUCGGAUCUGAAUCAUUAUCAGAAGACACAAGCAGUCAAACAGAAGACGAUUCAAAUAUUCCACCAGCAAAUGCAGAAGCUAUUGAGGAAUUAAAGAAUACGAUGGGAGAAGAGAGUCAAGGGGAUGAUAGUUCUGAAAAACAACCAAUAACUGAUGUUUCAUCUUCAGAGGAACAAAACUAUGAUAAUUAUGACUUGUUCAAACUAUAUCGUGAGUAUCAAAAUAUGAUAAAAAACUACAGACCUCUAUAUGAUGUUAAUAACUAUAGAAAACGACGAAUGGCUAUCAGGAAGCGCCGGUUUAUGGGCCGAUCAAGAGAACGAGCCGUGAAAAGGGCUCAUCGUAGCAAAAGAGAUCUUACUUACCCGGAGGAAAGUGAACUCUACGAACCAUAUUAUUAUCCAGAGUUGUCUUAUCCUAAUUCAGAAAAUUACGGUUAUGGAAACCCGUAUGAAACACAAGAUCAGAUGGAGCCUUUAGAGGAACUAUUGGAAGACAAUGUGCUGCCUUACCCAGUAAAUUCAUACGACGAACCAUCAUGGUACGAUUACAGACCAACGAAUUACGAAGGUGACGAGGGAAUGUAUUUACCAGUUAAAAGACAGAGCAUGCUGAGUUUUGUCCCUGGAAAUAGAAAAAGGUCAUCGCCAUACUUUUAUCCUGUCAGUGAAGAACCCGAAACACAUUUUGGUGCUUUUGUUCCUGAGAAGAGGAACUAUUUUGAUACAUACGGAAGUCUUGUAAGAGCUGCAAGACUUUUAGCAGCUAGACAGGAAGAAAGAGACCCAAUGCAGGGCUAUGAAGAAUGGUAUUGAGAAGAAACACUAAUUGCGUCAAGCACCUGUUAAACUUGUGAUAUGGAUUUUUACAGUUAAAUUGUUCAUAAUUCGUAGAGAGGAUCUGAUACUUGAUAUCUAUGUUGUUUUCAUCUGAAAUAUGAAUCACACAUUAACUUGAUCAUUGAAAAUUUUAUUUCUUACCUCAGAUAAAAUGGCAUGGGAUUGUACUUCAAAUGAAAAGUCAAAACUUAUAUUGAAUUUAUUUUUGUCCUGUUUUACCAAUAAAUCAUUAUUUUUCA